UCCAGAUGCUAUAUAGCUCACCGCGCAUAUUGAACUUAGCAUAUGUGCUGUAUUAUCUAGUUGCACGCGAACUAAUUAUCAUAUGUACUCUACUACUCUGCGCCUUUGGAUUAAGGCCAAGUGCGGCGCAGUGCCCACACCACGUUCAGAUGCUAUAUAGCUCACCGCGCCAUAGGUAUAGCUAGCCAGAGAGAGUAGAAAUAAGUCGUUGAGCUCCAAGAUGGCAGCCGCCGCCACAACCACGCCGAGCACGCCGCUUACCAUGAAGCUACUCGUCGAUUCCAGCCCGCUCCGCCAGCACGUGGUGUUCGCGGAGUCCGGCAAGGACACGGUCGACUUCCUCUUCUCCCUCCUCGCCCUGCCGGCCGGCACGUCUGUGAAGCUGCUAGGGAAGGAGUCCAUGGUCGGCUGCAUGGGGAACCUCUACGCCAGCGCUGAGAGGCUCGAGGACCCCUACGUCCAGCCCGGCGCGGCCAAGGACGUGAUCCUCUGCGCCGCCAUGAAGCCCCCCGCGGCGGCGCGACCCAACAGCUGGGUCUUCCCCUUGCCGGAGCCGGCUCCGGCCCCGGCCCCGGCCCCGAAGAAGUUCUUCAACUGCGGCAGGACCUACUACAGUACCAGCUGCAGCAACUACGUGACGGAGGUGAGUGGCACUCGUUGCCCCAGCUGCGGCAACCAGAUGUUGACGAACGCCAACCUUAUCGGGUCGCCGGCGCCAGUGGCCGCGAAAGAACCGGCGAGGAAAGGGUUCGUGCAGGGAGGCAUGGUGGUGUACACGGUGACGGACGACCUUGUGAUCUCGCCCAUGUCGAACGUCUCCACCAUCGCGCUGCUCAACGCCUGCGGGGUGAGGGAUCUCGGAAAGCUCCAGGAGAGGACCGUGCAGAUUGGGUACAAGGAGGGUUUGGAGAUUCUCAAGGGGUCGCUGCAGUCCAAGACUGUGCUCACUGAUGUUUUCCUUGGCAAGAAGCCUUCUUCGUCGAUGAAAAACGGCGGCAGCACCCCUCAGUUGAGCAACGGCAGAAGACAUGACUCUCACACAUGGCGUGCGUGAGCCAGCCAGCCUUGAGGCGUGCGUAUGUGUAGCUGGACCUGUGUUCUGGCUGCAAACUGGUUCUUGGGUUAAUUAUGAUAGGCCUAGUUGUUGACGACAUAGAAGGUUUUUCACACCAGUAUCUACAGUACUUGAUGCUAGGAUGACUGGAGUCAUGGAGCUUCUCAGGUUUCCAGAUCCAGGGUUUGAGCAAGAAGCUUGUUGUGGGGUAUGAUUGGGAACAUGACUGUUUUGGGUCAUAUUAAGCAGGUUGUUUGGAGAGAGGGAUGGAGAGGUAUCUACUAAAUUACCCUUGACUGAAUUGGCUGAGCCUAAAUCUUCCUCCAACACUAGUCCUUUCUCAUAGCUACAGCUACUAAUUCAGCAACUCUCAAAGCUAUAGCUUCUCCCCGUGGGUCUUACACUACAGUAAGUAGGGUCACUUGGCUUGGAAAGCUAGGCAAUUUCAGUGAUCCGUAGGUGACGGACUCUUCAUAAGGUCCUCUUUCUAUCAAGGACCAGAUAACAACAAAGGAUUGUCUUUGAAUUGCAUUUCCUCUCGCAGCUCUCCUUUGCACCUCUCCGGACAGGUGUCUUCUUCUCGACACGCCUUUCCUCUCCUUCGCACUGACAAGGUCUCUCUUACAACCUCCUCUGUCUUUGUUUUGUGAAACAUCGAAUACUGCAUCUACACGGCCAUAAUUGUUGUCUUAGUGAAAGAGGCCAGUCCCCUUUAUGUGUUCGAUAAGAUGACGUUGAGGUGUAUUGUCUUGGUUACACAGGCCACUCCCCUCCAUGUAUUUGCAAAAAUGCCUAAUAGAUGUAAAAAACUACUAACACUACCGCAUA